GAAUAGAGGCAUUCAGCCUGAACACUACUGCUUGUUUUCAGUGUCCAGUUUAAACCCUGGAGCUGUAGAGAAAGUCCUCAAAGAGGCUAUUAUCCUAUGAUAGAGUAACCCUAUUAACAAACUCUUUCUGCUUUCUUAGGGUUGGAAUCCUAGGCGUGAGGGAGCUGGCACAGAUCGCAGUUCAUGCCAGUGUUUACGGCUCUUUUGUUCCCAUCUCAUCAUGUUUUAAGAACUUUGCUGACCAGAUGCAACGAAAGACCCUGCACUUAUAGUUUUGCCUUUGCAACCCAUACCUAUGGUCCAGUCGAUUCCCUCUUCUUCCUCUUCUUGUUUGGGCCAUGGCGGCCGCUCCCCUGCUACUUACAGGUCUCACUUCAGCAGCUGAGCCAGCUCAGCCUUAUUGUCUUGAGUGAUGCCUGGGUCUCAGUUUUAGAAAGUGGGCUUCUUCUGCUCACUUGUUUCUGAACUUAAUUUCCCACCUCUUGCCAGGUCCUCCAGGAAUGAUGCCCUGCUUUGGUUCCGUCUAUGCCGAAAAUUCCUGCUAUACCCACAGUGGUGGUCGUCUCUUCUGAUCUUCACAGCCUGUCAGCUCCCAAGCCCCCUGACCUCAGCUCAGCUCUUGUAGGUCCUUGUGACACCAUCCUUUUAUUCCUGCCUCCUGAGGACUCUCAGGAUCUGUGGCUUGUCUCUGUCCUGAGGGUGAAGAUGGAUGACAGAUGCUACCCAGUAAUCUUCCCAGAUGAGCGGAAUUUCCGCCCCUUCACUUCUGACUCUCUGGCCGCAAUUGAGAAGCGGAUUGCCAUCCAAAAGGAGAAAAAGAAGUCUAAGGACCAGACAGGAGAAGUGCCCCAGCCCCGGCCUCAGCUUGACCUGAAGGUCUCCAGGAAGCUGCCCAAGCUCUAUGGUAACAUUCCCCAAGAUCUCAUAGGAAAGCCCCUGGAAGACUUGGACCCGUUCUACAGAGAUCACAAGACAUUUAUGGUGUUAAACAAAAAGAGAACAAUCUACCGCUUCAGUGCCAAGCGUGCCUUGUUCAUUUUUGGACCUUUCAAUUCAAUCAGAAGUUUAGCCAUUAGAGUCUCAGUCCAUUCGUUGUUCAGCAUGUUCAUUAUCAGCACCGUUAUCAUCAACUGUGUGUUCAUGGCCAGCGGGCUUGGUAAAACCAGCAACAGCAACGAUACUGACAUUGCCGAGUAUGUCUUCACUGGGAUUUAUAUUUUUGAAGCUUUGAUUAAAAUAUUGGCAAGAGGUUUCAUUCUGGAUGAGUUUUCUUUCCUUCGAGAUCCAUGGAACUGGCUGGACUCCCUUGUCAUUGGAACAGCGAUGGUGUCAUACUGGUGCAUCAGCAUCAAUCUGUUGUCCCUGCGCACCUUCCGUGUGUUGAGAGCUUUGAAAGCAAUUUCAGUAGUUUCACGUCUGAAGGUCAUCGUGGGAGCCUUGCUGCGCUCUGUGAAGAAGCUGAUCAAUGUGAUUAUCCUCACCCUCUUUUGCCUCAGCAUCUUUGCCCUGGUAGGUCAGCAGCUCUUCAUGGGAAGUCUGAACCUGAAAUGCGUCCGGAGCGACUGUAAAAACGUCAGUAACCAGGAGGCUUGUGAGGUCUUGGGCCCCCGUUUCUUUCCAGACUAUUGCUUUGAAAAGAAAGAAAAUUCAACUGAAUUCAGAAUGUGUGGCACUUGGAUGGGUAACAGUUCCUGUUCCUCACAGUAUGAAUGUAUUCACACCAGAAUUAAUCCUGACUAUAAUUAUACGAAUUUUGACAACUUUGGCUGGUCUUUUCUUGCCAUGUUCCGGCUUAUGACCCAAGAUUCCUGGGAGAAGCUCUAUCAACAGACCCUGCGUACGACUGGGCUCUACUCAGUCUUCUUCUUCAUUGUGGUCAUCUUCCUGGGCUCCUUCUAUCUGAUUAACUUAACCCUGGCUGUUGUCACCAUGGCGUAUGAGGAGCAGAACAGGAAUGUAGCUGCUGAGAUAGAGGCCAAGGAAAAGAUGUUUCAGGAAGCCCAGCAGCUGUUAAGGGAGGAAAAGGAGGCUCUGGUUGCCAUGGGAAUUGACAGAAGUUCACUUACUUCCCUUGAAACAUCACAUUUUUCCCCCCAAAAGAGAAAGCUCUUUGGCAAUAAGAAAAGGAAGUCCUUCUUUAUGAGAGAGCCUGGGAAAGACCAGCCACCAGGGUCCGAUUCUGAUGAAGAUUCCCAAAAAACGCCACAGCUCCUAGAGCAAACCAAACGACUGUCCCAUAAUCUAUCACUGGACCACUUUGAUGAGCACGGAGAUCCUCUCCAAAGGCAGAGAGCGCUGAGUGCCGUGAGCAUCCUGACCAUCACCAUGAAGGAACAAGAAAAGUCACAAGAGCCUUGUCUCCCAUGCGGGGAAAACCUGGCAUCCAAAUACCUCGUGUGGAACUGUUGCCCCCAGUGGGUUGCCAUUAAGAAGGUCCUGAGAAUCGUGAUGACCGACCCCUUUACUGAGCUGGCCAUCACCAUCUGCAUCAUCAUCAAUACUGUCUUCUUGGCCAUGGAGCAUCACAAGAUGGAGGCCAGUUUUGAGAAGAUGUUGAAUACAGGGAAUUUGGUUUUCACUAGCAUUUUUUUAGCAGAAAUGUGCCUAAAAAUCAUUGCCCUCGAUCCCUACCACUACUUUCGCCGAGGCUGGAACGUCUUCGACAGCAUUGUCGCUCUUCUGAGUUUUGCGGAUGUACUGAACGGUAUAUUUCAAAAGAGAAGCUGGCCGUUCUUGCGCUCCUUCAGAGUGCUCAGGGUCUUCAAGUUAGCCAAAUCCUGGCCAACUUUGAACACACUAAUUAAAAUAAUUGGCAACUCUGUUGGAGCCCUUGGAAGCCUGACUGUGGUCCUGGCCAUUGUGAUCUUUAUUUUCUCAGUAGCUGGCAUGCAGCUUUUUGGUUCUAGCUUCAACUCCCUAAAGAGUGCAAAAUUAUGUGACCCGACAGACCCGACAGUCUCAUGUUUACGGCACUGGCACAUGGGGGAUUUCUGGCACUCCUUCCUAGUGGUAUUCCGCAUCCUCUGCGGGGAAUGGAUCGAAAACAUGUGGGAAUGUAUGCAAGAAGCGAACACGUCGUUGUGUGUUAUUGUCUUCGUAUUGAUCACGGUGAUAGGAAAACUUGUGGUGCUCAACCUCUUCAUUGCCUUACUGCUCAAUUCCUUUAGCAAUGAGGAAAGAAAUGGAAGCGUAGAAGGAGAGGCCAGGAAAACUAAAGUCCAGUUAGCACUGGAUCGAUUCCACUGGGCUUUUUGUUUUGUGAUACACACUCUUGAGCAUUUUUUCCAUAAGUGGUGCUGGAAGCAAAAGUCACCAAAGCAAAAAGAGGUGACAGGAGGCUGUGCUGCACAAAGCAAAGACUUCAUUCCCCUGGUCAGAGAGACGAAAAGGGGCUCAGAGACCCAGGAGGAGCUUGGUAUUCAAGCCUCUGUACCAAAGACCUUGGGCGUCGGGCACGAUCGGACUUGGUUGGCUCCACUUGCAGAGGAGGAAGAUGAUGUUGAAUUUUCUGGUGGAGAUAAUGCACAGCCCAUCACACAAUCUGAGGCUGAACAACAGGCCUGUGAACUACAUCAGGAGACCAAGAAGCCCAUCAGCCAGAGAGUUCGAAGUGUGGAAAUUGACAUGCUCUCUGAAGAUGAGCCUCAUCUGACCGUACAGAAUCCCCGAAAGAAGUCUGAUGCUACCAGUAUGCUAUCAGAAUGUAGCACCAUUGAUCUUCAGGAUGCCUUUGGAUGGUUACCUGAGAUGGUUCCCAAAAAGGAACCAGAGAGAUGUUUGCCCAAAGGCCUUGGUUGCUGCCUUCCAUGCUGUAACAUAGACAAGAGAAAGUCUCCCUGGGUCGUUUGGUGGAACCUGCGGAAAACCUGCUACCAAAUAGUGAAACACGGCUGGUUCGAGAGCUUUAUUAUCUUUGUGAUUCUGCUGAGCAGUGGGGCACUGAUAUUUGAAGAUGUUCACCUUGAGGGACGACCCAAAAUCCAAGAAUUGCUAAAUUGUACUGACUUUAUUUUUACACAUAUUUUUAUCCUGGAGAUGCUACUAAAAUGGGUAGCCUUCGGAUUUGGAAAGUACUUCACCAGUGCCUGGUGCUGCCUUGACUUCAUCAUUGUGAUUGUCUCUGUGACCAGCCUCAUUAACUUAAAGGAAUUGAAGUCUUUCCGGACGCUGCGAGCACUGAGGCCUCUUCGUGCGCUGUCCCAGUUUGAAGGAAUGAAGGUGGUGGUCAAUGCUCUCAUAGGUGCCAUACCUGCCAUUCUGAAUGUUUUGCUUGUCUGCCUCAUUUUCUGGCUCAUAUUUUGUAUCCUGGGAGUAUACUUCUUUUCUGGAAAAUUUUGGAGAUGCAUUAAUGGAACAGACUCAGUUAUAAAUUAUACCAUAGUACCAAAUAAAAAUCAAUGCGAAAGUGGCAAUUUCUCUUGGCUCAACCAGAAAGUCAACUUCGACGAUGUGGGAAAUGCUUACCUCGCUCUGCUGCAAGUGGCAACAUUUAAGGGCUGGAUGGACAUUAUACGUGCAGCUGUUGAUUCCAGAGGCAAAGAACAGCAGCCAGCGUUUGAGAGCAGUUCGCUCAGUUACCUUUACUUCGUGGUCUUCAUCAUCUUCGGCUCAUUCUUCACCCUGAAUCUUUUCAUCGGUGUCAUUAUUGACAACUUCAACCAACAGCAGAAAAAGAUAAGUGGCCAAGACAUUUUUAUGACAGAAGAACAGAAGAAAUACUAUAAUGCAAUGAAAAAAUUAGGAUCCAAAAAACCUCUAAAACCCAUUCCACGGCCUCUGAACAAAUGUCAAGGUCUCGUGUUUGACAUAGUCACGAGUCAGAUCUUUGAUAUCGUCAUCAUCAUCCUCAUCAUCCUAAACAUGAUCACCAUGAUGGCUGAAUCGUACAACCAGCUCAGAGCUACAGAGUCCGCCCUUGACCGUCUCAACUGGACCUUUGUGGCCGUCUUUACAGUAGAAUGUCUCAUCAAAAUAUUUGCUCUGAGGCAACACUACUUCACCAAUGGCUGGAAUUUAUUUGAUUGUGUGGUCGUGGUUCUUUCUAUUGUUAGUACAAUUGUUUCUAUCUUGGCAAAGCAGGACCACAUUCCUUUCCCUCCAACACUCUUCAGAAUCGUCCGCUUGGCUCGGAUCGGCCGAAUCCUGAGACUUGUCCGGGCUGCACGAGGGAUCAGGACUCUCCUCUUUGCUCUGAUGAUGUCGCUUCCUUCUCUGUUCAACAUUGGUCUUCUACUCUUUCUGGUUAUGUUUAUCUAUGCCAUUUUGGGUAUGAACUGGUUUUCCAAAGUAAAUCCAGAGUCUGGAAUUGAUGAUAUAUUCAACUUCCAAACUUUUGCCAGCAGCAUGCUCUGUCUCUUCCAGAUCACCACAUCGGCAGGUUGGGAUGCCCUGCUCAGCCCCAUGCUGCGAUCAAAAGAAUCAUGUAACUCCUCCUCAGAAAACUGCCACCUCCCUGGCAUAGCCACAUCCUAUUUUGUCAGUUACAUCAUCAUCUCCUUUCUCAUUGUUGUCAAUAUGUACAUUGCUGUGAUUUUAGAGAACUUCAAUACAGCCACUGAAGAAAGUGAGGACCCUUUGGGUGAAGAUGACUUUGACAUAUUCUAUGAAGUGUGGGAAAAGUUUGACCCAGAAGCAACACAAUUUAUCAAAUAUUCUGCCCUUUCUGAUUUUGCUGAUGCCUUGCCUGAGCCUUUGCGUGUGGCAAAGCCAAAUAAAUACCAAUUUCUAGUAAUGGACUUGCCCAUGGUGAGUGGAGAUCGCCUCCACUGCCUGGAUAUUCUUUUCGCUUUCACCACUAAUGUACUCGGUGGCUCUGAUGGCUUGGAUAGCAUGAAAACAAUGAUGGAAGAGAAGUUUAUGGAAGCCAAUCCUUUCAAGAAGUUGUAUGAACCCAUAGUCACCACCACCAAGAGAAAGGAAGAAGAAAGAUGUGCUGCUGUUAUUCAAAAGGCCUUUCGAAAGUACAUGAUGAAGGCGACCAAGGGUGACUUGGAAAACAGGCCUCAUUCAUCACUUCAGACUCUUUGCAAUGGAGACUUGUCCAGCUCUGGGGUAGCCAAGGGCAAGGUCCACUGUGACUGAACCCUCAUCUGCACCCCUACCUCACAGCCUCACAGCCUUGCCUCCAGCCUCUGAGCUCCAGGGGUUGGCAGCUCAGUGUAUAAACAGGGAGUGGAUUCACUAAAUUAUCCAUUCUGUUUCUUUUUUCUGGCUAAAAGAAGUGAUAUUUCAAUUUCAUUUUAAAUGAUACUUACAGAGUUGCCUGACAGUUAACCACUGGUUAUAUUUUAAUAAGGAAGAAUAUACUCAUGUUAGGAUUGAAAUACAGUUCAAAUUAUAUCUAAACAAAAGAAUAAGAAACAGAAAACACGUUACAAUUUUAAGGUGUGUUUUCUAUAUGUUUCUAGUUACAUUACUUUUGUUUGAUGUUUCCCCAAUGUAAGUAUGUGGUUUAUCACAUGUAGCUCUUUUGCAUGAUAAGUGAAACUUCAAAACCUGCCAAUAAAUGAAUAGCUUAUUGCAGAUAUUUUUUACUAACAUUAAUUGUUUUGAGUUGUUUCAAACCUAAAUGGACAAUCUUGACCUAUCAAUUAUUACCCUUUC